CCCGAUCCUUUCUGCAUUUGCAUAUUGCAAAGCAAAAGAAAGGAAAACAACUUGUAAUGGCACGAAAAUAGCGCCUUGAAAUCCGCCUUACCCUCUCACUACUGAUCUAACCAUGGCGAACCUGGACCUAAGAUGGAUUCUACUGACAAUAAUUGUUUGUCUUAUUAUAGAAGGUUCAUUAGUCAGAGAAGCAUCUGCAACUGAGUCAUCCACACCAACACCAACCAACACAUCAGCAGCCACACCAACUCCCACGGAACCAGUCCAGCUAAAUGUCAACUUCAACGACACAAGCGACUUUGGGCGAUUACCACCUGAUAGUAAUCGUGAACUUUUAAAAAGAAUGCUAUAUGUUGCUGUUGGUUUAAGUAUCCUGAUUGCUGUAUAUUUUAUAUUUAAAACAAUUCAAACAAGAAGAAGAAAAAGCAAAUCCAAAAAGUAUGGUGUUAUCCACACUACAGGGGAUUUAGAAAUGCAGCCUCUCGACCGAGAGGAUGACGACGAAGAUGACAUGACAGUGUUUGACAGAAAAGCGGGGAAAUAACAGCAGUGAGGGGAGGCUUGAUUCUAUGUUGAGUACCCAGGAUACCACAGUGUCUGCUCAGGGGCGGGUACAGGGGGGUGGAUUGGGGGGAUAUCCACCCCUUUUUUAAGUAGAAAAAAAAUUAAAAUGGGCACAUUGUUUGAAAAAAAAAAUGUCUGAGGGAUUGGAGGUACUGUCCAUGUGCCUUUGCCUGCUUGACUUUGGUGAUGCGACAAAUCCAAUUAAGCAUGAAGUAUUGUUAGAUCUACAGUAUGUGACCUACCAAUAACCACUGGAUCAGUUAUAAGCCAUGCUGUGGUUGAGGACCUCCUUGGGCCCACCCGCGCAAAACAUAAUUCAAAAGUCUUAUAAGGUAGUCUUAUCGGGUCAAUUGUUAGCUUGUGCAUUUACAAACAGGGAUAUGUCUAGUUCUCUCUGCUCAUAUAUGAGAAAAGAACAGUAGGGGAUUUGCGCUAAGAGAUCACAUGACCUGGGUGGCAAAUUCAAAACAAAACAAUAAAAAAAAUCAGAAAUGACUGCACCCGUCAUACCAGAGGACAACAAAAAAUAAAAUCUUUUAAUGAAACUAGACCCUUUUAGAAAAGAAAGCAUUCUGGCUUUUUUAAUAAGCGCUGAAUAAGUUGCUGUUUUUUGCUGUUAUUUUGCCGCUAAAAGCUUAAGCGCACGCUAGUUUGCUACCAAACAGUCACAUGAUCUCUUAGCGCAAGUCCCCUUUUGGGGUGGAUACCAAAUAAAUAUGUGCCUAGGAUUGGCUGAAGGGGUUUGAGGGAAGGGCGGGGACAACAAUAGAUUUUUUUUGUGUUGUUGUGUUAUGGCAGCCUACAGCCUAGUAUUCUAGUAUUAUGGAUAUAGAAGAAACUUUUUUUUGUUAGGCUGUACCAGAAAUGCCUGUCGAGAUUGAUGCCGUUCAAACAGCAUCAUAUAGCUGGCACAGUUUGAGAUAUUGACCGAAAUUUGCUCGUUAGGGCUUAAGUCAAAAGAUGUCAAUCAACCACUGCGCAACAUUAUGCUGACGUGUGUGAAAUAGAAAAAUGCUACGUGUUUUUCCCAACAAUACAGCCCAGAGCUUUAGACUGGCUUAGGUUAGCCUUCGUGCAUUUGGCAACCAGAUGCACCCAGGCUAUAUCAGGUUAAAUAACAGCUAUUACGUGAGGGGUUUUUUUUUUUGUUCUUUUCUGAUGAAUAUUAAUUGUUAGAUCUAAUUAGGGACAGUGAUGUAAUCGAAAGUUGUAUCAUAUUUGAGUCAUAUUAGAAAAUAAGGGUGUAUGAUAAUAAAGAAUUUAGACCUGUAUGUUGAAUUAUGGUUUUUACCAAUAAAACAAUUGAUAGAAAAAUAGGA